UUUAUCUCCGUCGGGAAGAAGCUAUUCGAAUGGAUGGAAGAGUGAAUCUUCGUUGGGAGGUGGCUACUUUGCCCUCGUCUGCCCUCAUUUGACCUCAUCGUGCGUCACCUCCCCUCGUCUGCCCUCGUUGUGCGUCGCCUUGCUGCGUCGUCUAUGCUUGCAUCUGUUCUAAAAAAACCCCUCGAAAUCCACAUUCGACAUUGACUCGUCAAAAACGCCACAGAAUCGAAAAAUAAACGCCACGUCAUUCCAAAUACGUUGGGAUUCAUGGUUGAAAACGCGGAUACGUUUCAGAGGGCAAAUGCAGGAACCCUGUUCGAUUCCACAGGGAUUCCAGUUCGAAUCCGAAUCUGAUUCGAAUCGUACCCGAAUCCAGGUCAAAACCUAGACGUACCGGUAACUUAGCAUCCUCAGUGAUGGCAAAAAUGAAUGGCCUCAUGAGAGUGCUUUCUCGGGCAUGCUAUUCUUCUUUGGCAUCCCAAAAAUCACAUAAUCAAUGGGGCAUAGUAGGGGUGGAUAGGGAUUCAUGGAAUAACUCGCUUAUGAAAGGGGAGACUAGAGCGACAAGUAUGCAGUGGAUUUUUCUUGGUUGUCCUGGAGUUGGUAAAGGAACAUAUGCCAGCAGGCUUUCUCGUCUUCUAGGAAUUCCUCACAUUGCGACAGGGGACCUUGUUAGAGAGGAGCUCACACAAUCUGGGCCUUCUGCAAGUGAGCUGGCAAGUUUUGUGAAUCAAGGGAAACUGGUUCCAGAUGAUAUAGUUGUGAAUCUGCUAUCAAAGCGUCUUGAAAAGAGUGCAGCAAAGGGGGAAACGGGAUUUAUUCUUGAUGGGUUUCCAAGAACAACAAACCAGGCUGAAAUUCUAGAAAAAGUAAUAGAUAUUGAUCUGGUUAUUAACCUCAAGCUCAGAGAAGAUGUCUUGCUUCAGAAAUGUUUGGGAAGGAGAAUUUGCAGUCAAUGUGGGGGCAAUUUUAACGUGGCUUCAAUAAAUGUUGAAGAAGAAGGAGACAGGUCAGCCAUAUACAUGGAUCCUCUUCUGCCACCCCCAAGUUGUGUAUCCAAGCUGAUAACUAGGUCAGAUGAUACAGAAGAAGUUGUGAAAGAAAGGCUUCGUGUGUAUCAUGAUAAGAGCUUACCUGUUGAGGAGUUCUAUCGAAGCAGAGGAAAACUUGUUGAAUUUAACUUGCCAGGUGGCAUUGCCGCAUCAUGGCCAAAGCUACUAGCUGCCUUGAAUAUAGAAGAGGAAGAAUAUAAAGAAAGAUUGGUUGCUUGAAAUUUGUGAGCAAGCUAUGCCCCGGAAAAUAUGUCAUGGGCAUCUCCUAUUUUCUAAAGUCAUGGUGAUUGAUUUAAUGCAGGAUGUUUGUUUUCUGCAAGUUUACUAUGGGCAAGUAUUGGAAAUUUUUUAAAUAAGCUUUAGACAGCAUUUUGAAAGCUGUGUUUAAGCUAUGGCAGAGAAAUUCUGCAAUUCCAUAGAAGAUGCAGAUCCAACGAUGAAGUAUUUGUAUUAUCAAAUAAUGAGUUACAAUUUUGACAACCACGGAACUAUCUGAUCUACCAUUCUUUAGAUAUUAGUAAUUGGUAGUAAGAGCCAAUAUUUUCUUCUGGCUUUAUUCUUGUUUAAUGGAGUGUUUGCAUUGUAGAUUUUAACAAGUGCUGCAUUGCAGUGUAGUUCCUGCCAUACUUGGCAGGACAAUUGUGUUGCCUGUUUGAUUACAAAAUAUAAGGAAGCCCUAAAUGAAUUGCA